AUGGCGAGCAAAGAACCCUGUGAAAUGACUCAAGAAGUCGCUAAAGUAUUAUUUAAAAAAGGAGGUACAUUAGUUGUAAUGGACAUGCCCCCAGGAACAGACUUUGGAAUAGAUUUAAAGUCCUGGACUACAGGGAGUAAUUUUAAAGGUAUAAAAAUGAUACCUCCUGGAUUACAUUUUAUACAUUACAGUGCUAAAGAUGAAUUCAAUGAAUCAGCCCCCAGAGUUGGAUUUUUUCAUAUUUUCAAAGAGCAAGACUUCAUAGUGAAGCGGUGGGAUAAUAAAGAAACCGACAUGACGAUUGAAGAAGAAGUAAUAGAAAGGAUAAAAAACAAUCACAAAGAACUGGAUAAAUUUUUGGGUCCUUAUCCUUACGAUGUACUUAAUCAGUGGAAAGAAUUAACUAGUAAAAUCAGCGAUAAUAUUUUAGAAAGAUGUCAGCCUCUAACUGGUUACGUCCGAUCCGCAUUAGAGUUAGAAAAUUAUGACAAUGAAAUGCGCUUGAAAAAAAGUAAUAAAACUCAACUGCGACGAAGAGAGAGCGGACUUUCAGUAGAAGCUAAAGAAGAAUUGCUUUUACCAAAUUUAAAACCAAAAAAAGGUACAGAGCUUAGAUUUACAGAGGUCCCAGAAAGAAAUUAUCCAGAUGACGCAACACCUGCUGAGAUAACUGACUUCGAAGCGUUUGAGCAUUGGAAAAAACUUAUUGCUUUAAUUUGCGGUGCCGAAAAAGCAAUCUCUUCACGUCGAAGUAUUUACGUCGACUUUUUACACACAAUUGAAAUUCAAUUAUCUCAUGCCCCUGAAGAUAUACUUUGCGAUAUUGUCGCGGAUAAUAACUUUGUUUAUUAUCAUUUAAGAAAAUUAUUUGCAACGAUUGAGAUAAAUCCAGAAAUCGAAGGACGGCUGAAAUCCGAAGCUGCGAGGUUACAAGUGCGGCUUACUAAUCAAUUUUCCUGGGAUUUUUCUAAUUUGCAACAAGAAGAAUUCGAUGAAGCACCUGUUGUUGUUGCUAUUAAUUAA